AACUAAAACAUAGUAAGUUCCAGCUCAGCUUGAGAAAGAACUACUUUACGUUGAGGGUGGCCGAGCACUGGAACAGGCUGCCCAGAAAGUCACGGAGUCUCCCUCUCUGGAGACAAUCAAACUCCACCUGGACGUUUUCCUGUGGCACCUGCUCCAGCUGACCCUGAUGUGGCAGGGGUUGGACUCGAUGGUCUCCAGAGAUCCCUUCCAGACCUGACAAUUCCGUGAUCCGCGAGCUCCAGGACGUUUCCCAGAAGGGGAGGCAGGAACGCUUCUGCGCGGACUUUUCUUUCCGGGGGAAGCGGCGGGGCGGACGCGGCGGAUGCGGCCAUGGAGCGGCGGGAGCGGCCGGCGGUGCCCGUGGAGCGGCUGGAGCGGGUGACGCGGGAGCGCUUCCUGCGGGACAUCUACCCGCGGAGAAAGCCAGUAGUGCUGACAGGACUGGAACUGGGCACUUGCACCACCAAAUGGACAAUAGAUUACCUGAGCCAAGCUGAAGGACCCAAAGAAGUAAAAAUUCAUGUUUCUGCAGUGCCACAGAUGGAUUUCCUCCGUAAGAACUUUGUGUAUAGAACUCUGCCUUUUGAUGUAUUUGUGCGAAGAGCAGCUGAAGUCAAGCACAAGGAGUACUUUCUUACUGAGGAUGAAAAGUACUAUUUGCGAUCAGUGGGUGAAGAUGUUAGGAAGGAUAUUGCAGAUAUCAGGAAGCAGUUUCCUGUUUUAGCAGAAGACGUUCAUAUUCCAGAGUAUUUUGAGAAGGAACAGUUUUUCUCUAGUGUCUUCCGCAUCAGCUCAGCUGGAUUACAGUUAUGGACACAUUAUGAUGUAAUGGACAACUUCUUAAUCCAAGUCACAGGGAAAAAACAAGUUGUUUUGUACAGUCCUCGAGAUGCACCAUAUUUAUAUUUAUCAGGUACUAAAUCAGAGGUGCUGGAUGUGGAUAACCCAGACUUGGAGAAAUAUCCUCUUUUUGUGAAAGCCAAACGCUAUCAAUGUGUUUUGGAAGCAGGAGAUGUGUUAUUUAUUCCAGCUUUGUGGUUCCAUAAUGUAAUUUCUGAGGAAUUUGGAGUGGCACUGAAUGUCUUUUGGAAGCACCUUCCUGCUGAGAGCUAUGAUAAGACUGACACUUACGGAAAUAAAGAUCCCAUGGCGGCCUCCAGAGCUAUACAAAUCUUGGACAAAGCUCUGAAAACACUUGAAGAACUACCUGAGGAAUAUAGAGAUUUUUAUGCUCGGAGAAUGGUGUUACGUAUCCAAGAAAAAGCUUAUAGGAAUGAUUAUGGAUAAAGUAACACAUUGUAAUUCAGCAUGGUCUCUUGCAAGUAGAAAAUUGUAUGUUAGUAUGGAAACUGUCCAUAGGCACAUACACUUUCUGUGAGACCAAUAAAAACUGUCAAUAAA